UCCUCCUCCUCUUCCCCGUCAGAAACACGACACGACCAAUCACCAAAGCUUAAAAAAACUUCAUUCAUUCUCCCAAUCUCACUCCAAUUUCUGCAAAACUAAAGCUUUUUAAUUCCUUCGCAUCUCUGGGUUUGCUCAAACAUUAACGAUCUUGAGAACUCGUUCUGCUCUAGUGUGAAGCUUCUUCUUCUACUUGGUUGUUUAGAAGCUGGUGAAUGUGGUAAUGGGUAGCAGCGAGAUGGAGAAAUCGGGUAAAGAGAACGAACCCAAGACUCCACCACAUUCGUCUUCUUCUGCUCCUGCUCCUGCUCCUGCUCCUGUUACUUCACAGGAACCUUCUUCUUCUGCUGCUGUGAGUGCUGGAAUGGCUACUCCAGAUUGGUCUGGUUUUCAGGCUUAUUCUCCUAUGCCGCCUCAUGGUUACGUGGCGUCAAGUCCUCAGCCUCACCCUUAUAUGUGGGGUGUUCAGCAUAUGAUGCCUCCUUAUGGAACACCGCCUCAUCCUUAUGUUGCAAUGUAUCCACCAGGUGGCAUGUACGCUCAUCCUUCAAUAGCUCCGGGAUCUUAUCCAUACAGUCCCUAUGCAAUGCCUUCUCCUAAUGGAAUGGCUGAAGCUACUGGAAAUACUGGAAGCGGUAUUGACGGUGAGGCUAAACAAUCUGAAGUGAAGGAAAAAUUGCCAAUCAAAAGAUCAAAAGGAAGCUUGGGAAGUUUGAAUAUGAUUAUAGGAAAGAACAGCGAGACUGGAAAAAGCUCAGGAGCAUCUGCUAAUGGAGCUUGCUCUAAAAGUGCUGAGAGCGCCUCUGAUGGUUCAAGUGAAGGAAGUGAUGCAAAUUCUCAAAAUGACUCGGGAUCUAGACACAACGGGAAGGAUGGUGAAACAGCUUCAGAUUCUGCUCAUGGACCACCUCGUAAUGGAAGUAAUCUACCGGUGAACCAGAUCGUCCCCAUCAUGCCAGUGUCAGCUACAGGUGUUCCUGGCCCACCGACAAAUCUAAACAUCGGAAUGGAUUAUUGGAGCAGCCAUGGGAAUGUUUCUUCAGCCGUUCCUGGAGUUGUAGUAGAUGGUUCCCAAUCACAACCAUGGUUACAGGACGAGAGAGAGCUUAAGCGACAGAGACGAAAGCAAUCCAAUAGAGAGUCUGCUCGUAGAUCCAGGUUGCGUAAACAGGCGGAAUGUGAUGAGCUGGCACAAAGAGCAGAUGUGUUGAAUGGAGAAAACACAAGUCUUAGAGCAGAAAUAAACAAGCUUAAAAGCCAAUAUGAAGAGCUUCUUGCUGAAAACAGCUCUCUCAAGAAUCGAUUUUCGUCAGCCCCGUCACUACUCGAAGGAGUAAACUUGGACAAGAACGAGCAAGAAACAGAGACAAGCAAACGUCAGGAUGUUGCAUAGACCAAUGGUGGUUCCUUGAACAAACUCAGCCUGACAACAGCUAACAGUUUCAUGUAAUUUUAGGAACCAGAGUUUGUUUUUAGUGUUUAAGCUUAAUGGUGCGUUUAAGUUGGAGAGAAUGCUCUCUUCUUUAACAAAUUGUGUAUAUUUUGUUUUUUCUGUUUGUUCAUAAUUUGGGCUUUGUCGAUAGAAAUGGACUCUAAAUUG